AUUCUAGAGAGAGAGAGAGAGAGAGAGAGAGAGAGAGCAAAAAUGGCAUUUAGAAAAGUGAGAGACUUUCUGUACGUAAUGAGAGAGAAAAAUAUAGUACGUGAAGGAAUGGAAAUGGCCUUUUUAACCUUAAAGGUCUUUUGCGGACUCCACGUGGCAAACAAAUACCUCUUCACAAUAGUUCUGCCCUACGGUCCUAGCAUGCUCCCGACUCUGAGCCUCAAUGGCGACUUGAUCCUCGCCGAACGGGUCUCGACCCGGUUGGGAUCGGUGGAUCGCGGUGAUAUCGUGCUGGUGAGAUCACCUCUUCACCCAACUGUUGUGGUCACCAAACGGUUGAUUGGAUUGGAAGGUGACUCUGUUUCGUAUGUGGUUGAGCCUGGAAAAAGUGAUCGGACGGACACCACUGUGGUUCCAAAGGGACAUGUUUGGGUAGAGGGAGACAAUAUCUAUGCUUCAAGGGAUUCAAGAAAUUUUGGGCCAGUCCCUUAUGGUCUCCUUGAAGGAAAAUUCAUCUGGAGGAUAUGGCCUCCCAAAGAUUUUGGGUCACUUGGACCAAACAAAACAGAGCCAAUCUCAGAUAAGGUAUCAAGAACAUAUAUAUUUUUUAAUACUAAUUCAUAGCAAACUAUGCUAAUAAGUUUUCAUAAAUUCAGGAUCUGUCUUCAACUGAAGCCAUUUAAACAAUCACAGACCUUCCUUCCUUGGUCAUUGUACAGAGGAUGAUCAAUUCAAUCAAAGUUGCAGCAAAAGCUUGCGAAGUUCGGCUGUCGCCACCAUUUGUUUCGAGUUGUUUUUCAAUUGGGUUUUAGAUUGCAACUCUCUUUGACUUCUUUCUUGACAGUUUUAUUAUGUUUUGGUACAUUGGUUUGAGGCAAGAGAUUGUUCUGGCUUACCAAACAAAAAAUGUCAAGCUUCAUUAUUAAUGAAAUUGAAAAUUCUGCUAAA